UCAGAGGUCGAAACAAUAACAAGGGACUUCCUCAGUCUACGAUUUCUUUUGAUGGAGUCUAUGCAAAUAUGAGGAUGGUUCAUAUACUUACAUCAGUUGUUGGAUCCAAAUGUGAAGUACAAGUGAAAAAUGGAGGUAUAUAUGAAGGAGUUUUUAAAACAUACAGUCCUAAGUGUGAUUUGGUACUUGAUGCCGCACAUGAGAAAAGUACAGAAUCCAGUUCAGGGCCAAAACGUGAAGAAAUAAUGGAGAGUAUUUUGUUCAAGUGUUCAGACUUUGUUGUGGUACAGUUUAAAGAUAUGGACUCCAGUUAUGCAAGAAGAGAUGCUUUUACUGACUCUGCUAUCAGUGCUAAAGUGAAUGGUGAACACAAAGAGAAGGACCUGGAGCCCUGGGAUGCAGGUGAACUCACUACCAAUGAGGAACUAGAAGCUUUGGAAAAUGACGUCUCUAAUGGAUGGGAUCCCAAUGAUAUGUUUCGAUAUAAUGAAGAAAAUUAUGGUGUAGUGUCUACAUAUGAUAGCAGUUUAUCUUCAUAUACGGUGCCCUUAGAAAGAGAUAAUUCGGAAGAAUUUUUAAAACGAGAAGCAAGAGCAAACCAAUUAGCAGAAGAAAUUGAAUCAAGUGCCCAGUACAAAGCACGGGUGGCCCUGGAAAAUGAUGAUAGGAGUGAAGAAGAAAAAUACACAGCAGUUCAGAGAAAUUCCAGCGAACGUGAGGGUCACAGCAUAAACACUAGGGAAAAUAAAUAUAUUCCUCCUGGACAAAGAAAUAGAGAAGUCAUAUCCUGGGGAAGUGGGAGGCAGAAUUCACCACGUAUGGGCCAGCCUGGAUCGAGCUCCAUGCCAUCAAGAUCCACCUCUCACACUUCAGAUUUCAACCCGAAUUCUGGUUCAGACCAAAGAGUAGUUAAUGGAGGUGUUCCCUGGCCAUCGCCUUGCCCAUCUCCUUCCUCCCGCCCACCUUCUCGCUACCAGUCAGGUCCCAACUCUCUUCCACCUCGGGCAGCCACCCCUACACGGCCGCCCUCCAGGCCCCCCUCGCGGCCAUCCAGACCCCCGUCUCACCCCUCUGCUCAUGGUUCUCCAGCUCCUGUCUCUACUAUGCCUAAACGCAUGUCUUCAGAAGGACCUCCAAGGAUGUCCCCAAAGGCCCAGCGACACCCUCGAAAUCACAGAGUUUCUACUGGGAGGGGUUCCAUUUCCAGUGGCCUAGAAUUUGUAUCCCACACUCCAGCAAGUGAAGCAGCUGUUCCUCCAGCAGCAAGGACCAGUCCUGCGGGCGGCACAUGGUCAUCAGUGGUUAGCGGGGUUCCAAGAUUAUCCCCCAAAACUCACAGACCCAGGUCUCCCAGACAAAACAGUAUUGGAAAUACUCCUAGUGGACCAGUUCUUGCUUCUCCCCAAGCUGGUAUUAUUCCAACUGAAGCUGUUGCUAUGCCUGUUCCAGCUGCAUCUCCUACGCCUGCCAGUCCUGCAUCCAACAGAGCUGUCACCCCAUCUGUUGAGGCUAAGGAUUCUAGGCUUCAAGAUCAGAGGCAGAACUCUCCUGCAGGGAAUAAAGAAAAUAUGAAGCCCAAUGAGACAUCACCUAGCUUCCCAAAAGUUGAAAAUAAAGGUAUGUCACCAAUUGUUUCCGAGCAUAGAAAACAGAUUGAUGACUUAAAGAAAUUUAAGAAUGAUUUUAGGUUACAGCCAAGUUCUUCUGAAUCUAUGGAUCAACUGCUAAACAAAAAUAGAGAGGGAGAAAAAUCAAGAGAUUUGAUCAAAGACAAAAUUGAACCGAAUGCUAAGGAUUCUUUCAUUGAAAAUAGCAGCAGCAAUUGCACCAGUGGCAGCAGCAAGCCGGACAGCCCCAGCAUCUCCCCGUCAGUCCUCGGGAACGCGGAGCACAAGAGGGGCCCUGAGGUCACAUCCCAAGGGGUUCAGACGUCCAGUCCAGGAUGUAAACAAGAGAAAGAUGAUAAAGAGGAGAAAAAAGACGCAGCUGAGCAAGUGAGGAAAUCAACAUUGAAUCCCAAUGCAAAGGAGUUCAACCCUCGUUCUUUUUCUCAGCCAAAGCCUUCUACCACCCCAACUUCACCUCGUCCUCAAGCACAACCUAGCCCAUCUAUGGUGGGUCAUCAGCAGCCAACUCCAGUUUAUACUCAACCUGUUUGUUUUGCACCAAAUAUGAUGUAUCCAGUCCCAGUGAGCCCAGGCGUGCAACCUUUAUACCCUAUACCUAUGACGCCCAUGCCAGUGAAUCAAGCCAAGACAUAUAGAGCAGUACCAAAUAUGCCCCAACAGCGGCAAGACCAGCAUCAUCAGAGCACUAUGAUGCACCCAGCCUCAGCAGCAGGCCCACCAAUUGUGGCCACCCCACCAGCUUAUUCCACACAGUAUGUUGCCUAUAGUCCUCAGCAGUUUCCAAAUCAACCUCUAGUUCAGCAUGUGCCACAUUAUCAGUCUCAGCACCCCCAUGUCUAUAGUCCUGUAAUACAGGGCAAUGCUAGAAUGAUGGCACCAGCAGCACACGCCCAGCCUGGCUUAGUAUCUUCUUCAGCAGCUCAGUACGGGGCUCAUGAGCAGACGCACGCGAUGUAUGUUUCCACCGGCUCCCUCGCUCAGCAGUAUGCACACCCCAAUGCUACCCUGCACCCACAUACUCCACAUCCUCAGCCUUCAGCCACUCCCACCGGACAGCAGCAAAGCCAGCAUGGUGGAAGUCACCCCGCACCCAGUCCCGUUCAGCACCAUCAGCACCAGGCCGCCCAGGCGCUCCAUCUGGCCAGUCCACAGCAGCAGUCAGCCAUUUACCACGCGGGGCUUGCACCAACCCCACCUUCCAUGACACCUGCCUCCAACACGCAGUCGCCACAGAAUAGCUUCCCAGCAGCACAGCAGACUGUCUUCACGAUCCACCCUUCACAUGUCCAGCCGGCAUACACCAACCCGCCCCACAUGGCCCACGUACCUCAGGCUCAUGUACAGUCAGGAAUGGUUCCUUCUCAUCCAACUGCCCAUGCGCCAAUGAUGCUAAUGACGACACAGCCACCCGGCGGUCCCCAGGCCGCCCUCGCCCAAAGUGCACUACAACCCAUUCCAGCCUCGACAGCAGCGCAUUUCCCCUAUAUGACGCACCCUUCAGUACAAGCCCACCACCAGCAGCAGUUGUAAGGCUGCCCUGGAGGAACCGAAAGGCCAAAUUCCCUCCUCCCUUCUACUGCUUCUGCCAACUGGAAGCACAGAGAACUAGAAUUUCAUUUAUUUUGUUUUUAAAAAAUAUAUGUUCAUACCUUGUAACAUCCAAUAGGAAUGCUAACAGUUCACUUGCAGUGGGAGACAUUUGGACCGAGUAGAGGCGUUUAGGACUUGUGGGCUGUUCCGUAAUUCCAUGUGCUGCCUGAGUCCCGCAAGUAGCCUAGCUCUGCUUGCUGAAACUGGAAGUUAUUUAUUUUUUAAUGACCCUCGAAAGUCACGAACACAUCAGCUAGCAAAAGUAACAAGAGUGAUUCUUGCUGCUAUUACUGCAAAAAAAAAAAAUCAAAAGACUUGGAACGCCCUUUUACUAAACUUGACAAAGGUUCAGUAAAUUCUUACCGUCAAACUGACGGAUUAUUAUUUAUAAAUCAAGUUUGAUGAAGUGAUCACUGUCUACAGUGGUUCAACUUUUAAGUUAAGGGAAAAACUUUUACUUUGUAGAUAAUAUAAAAUAAAAACUUUAAAAAAAUUAAAAAAUAAAAAAAGUUUUAAAAACUGA